UAGUAUGAUUUAUGUUUUUUGUUAUAUCGAAAUAGAUAAGUCUGUGUAACUUCUACGGCACCACUUUAGUGUUAGAACUAUUGUAAUAUUGUACAGUUUGCUUCUAUAAUAAAAAAGGUAAUCAACAAAAAAAGCCCAAUGAAUUAUUUGGGAAUAAUCAUAAUCGCCUUUUUGGCGGUUCAUGAGUGCCGCUCCUGCGGACCAGCGGGUACACCGAAAAAUAUGUGUGAAAAAUGGAACGAAGUUAUCUCAUCAGCAAAUAUAGCGAAAAGAUUGACUACAACUCCCCGAGUUGAACGAUUGGCUGAAAAAUGCGUUCGAUGCAUAAUGGAGCUUAUCAAUAAAAAGGAUCCUCAACAUAGAUACUAUACCACGUUUGGAGUGGAUACGAUGCAACUACACGCUUAUGAAUCAAUACAAAAUUCAUUAAGUAGGGAAACGUUUGAAAGACCUUUAUUUUAUUUGUUCGGCGAAGCCAGUGUUCGCGUUUCCAAGUAUUUCUACAGGAUGCACAACUACGAAAAAGGAAUUGAGAUCAUCCACGAUGCUAUUUACAAAUUUGACAAUAUCGCAGAAGACCACUUAGAACCGUAUAAAACGUACAUGUGGAAAGCCUAUCUGCAUGAACAGCGGUUGAAACUAGUGCAGGGAAUCAACAAAUACAAAAGCUCGGCCGAAUAUGUGGAAAAAAUGAGAAAAAAUAGUUUUGACUUAGCUUUUUCUAAAUACGAGAUGCUACCAUCCGAGUCGAGAGAAGACCCCGACAUGACAUUUUUAAUAGGAAAAGAAAAAUUAAAGAUCUUGCAUGCACAUUUGCCGUUGGAUGAUAAGUUUUCAAAAGUAGCGAUCGACUCUACAAUCGAAGAAGGUAUAAAAUACCUUGAAAAAUACGAUAGUAUGUCCAAUGCUGGCGAUCUCAUUGAAAGCAGAUUUAUUUUGGGAAACGCGUAUAUGGUAUUAGACGAAAUAGACAAGGCCAGAGCUAGUUAUGUGAAAGCCCUUUUAACGCCAGUCAAAAAUGCUGAGGACAGAGCAUUUAAUUAUGAGGUACAGAGGACUUUAGACAGAUUUUACAACAAAUUAGCUAUAUCUAAGGAUUCCCCAGCUAGUAAUCCUGAUGUACAAAUAGUUUUUGACAAUAUUGACGCGACAGUUUCUAGGAAAUAUAAAAAUUUCUGGAAAGAAUUGUUGCAAAAAGGUGCUUUUGGAACUAAUAUCAUUUAUGAAUUUAUAAUAAACGCGCUAAUUCUCAAUGCCAAAACUAGUAUUGAAAGUGAAAACUACGAACCAGAUGAAGACAUAUUAUUUAAAACAAGAAAUGCAUUGAAUAAGCUAGAACAUCAGGUACCUAAAUAUGAGUUCUCCAAGUGGAUGGUCGUGCUGUUAGGAGCUGAGAAUUAUUUAAAUACUAAGCGUAGAUCUUUCCUGUAUCUAAGGAUGCAUCUGGAUCACGCGCUUAAAACUAUAGAUAAAGAAGUUCAUGACAAUCAACUAACAUAUUUACACGGAAAAUACUCAUGCAAGAUCGUUUUGAAUUCUGCAAGCUACAAUAGUGUCAUUAACGUCGUUGGAUGGAAUAUUCCAACAUCAAAAAACGAUAUAAAAACAAAUGUGGAUCGCUGUUUAAGAAUAAUGGAGAAAGAGGAUAACAAAUCUAUAUUUAUCAAUGAGAUUGACAAGAAUAUACUUUUAGCAUCUGUGUACUGGUAUAAAGGAAGACAUAUUGAAGCUACAAAAGUACUACAUAAAACGAUUUUCACUGUGCCAGUUUUAAAUGCAGAAGACAGAUGGAAUAACUUCUUAGCCCAAGAGUUACUUGGUUUCUAUCAAGCUGAGAACAUUAAGAAUAAAAGAAACAAGGAUCCAUUUAUUCCAACAGGAUUAAUCAGUUUUCCCACUUCCACUAAUGAUGGAAAUUAAAAAUAGUUGCACUAUUAUUUAUAAAAUAUAUAUAUAUAUAUAUUUGUUGUAUUAUUCUCAAACUAAUGGUCAAAUUACAAAAAUUUUACCUAUGAUAAUAAAUUCGGAUUGGUUAAAAAUGUAACUUACAAUAUUAAACAUGUUUCUUUAUUUAAAAAUAAAUAAUCACAUUAUUGGAAAAGUACAUGUAAA